GUUUCUUUGGGAGGGUCAUGCCUAUUUCUUGCUAUAUAUAUCAGAGAGUUCCUAGAACAUAUACACCAUCAUCAACACUAGCAACUAGAAAACAAAGUUUACCAUCUCCAUCGAAGUUGAAAGCAAGGGAAAUCAGAUUUUGAUCAAAGGAAACAUGUCAGGAAAUGUUGGUGUAAACUAUGGAAGGCAAGGAAACAACUUACCGUCUCCAGCUGCAGUCAUUAACCUGAUAAGAUCAAGAAACAUAAGCCGCAUUCGUCUUUUUAGUCCAGAUUCAGAUGUUCUAAAUGCUUUACGAGGGACAGGAAUCGGAGUCGUACUUAAUGUCCCAAACCCAGAUAUUCAGAGGAUAGGAACUGAUCCAGAUUUUGCUGGAGACUGGAUUUAGAGGAAUGUGCUUUCAUACAAUGACGUUCAG